AUGUCGACCAAGCGGUUCAGUCAAAACUGGGAUGAGCAUGGCGUUUAUCGCGAUAUACUUCUGGCUUUGAUCUCCUUGACUAAGCCGUCGCAGGGCACCCUCAAAGAGAUCGUGGAGAUUACCACCCAACAAGGACAUCAAUUCACAUUUCACGGCCUCAAUCGUUAUUUGCAUUUUUCCAACGUUCUAUACUUCAACAUCUACCUCUCCUACUUUACACUCUCUUACCCUUUCUCCUACUCUACUAAAUCUCCUUCUUUCUUCAACUACCUUGUUCCUCACAAACCACCAGAUCAGCACAUCAGUAGUCAUCGCCUCGUCACCGUCCUCUCAUUCUUCACUAUGUCUGCUGAGAAGCGCUUCGCUCAAGACUGGAACGCUCCAGGUGUCUACCGAGACAUUUUGGUCGCCAUGGUCGAAGAGUACAAGCCACCGGCUGCUAAUCUCAAGAAGAUUGUCGAAGAAAUGACCAAGCUGGGAUACCAGUUUACCUUCCGCGGACUAGAGUACUACUCCCUCUGUCUAGCUCUUUAUUCACCGUCUUUACCUGCCUCCUACAAACUUGCUCCAGUCAUCCUGUUUCUACUCAGCACCCGCUCAAGCACAAGAACAAACACAAACACAGAGCCAGUGGCUGCCCCCUUCGUCCUCUUCACUUCUACCUCGCCACACACUCCCGACUUUCAAUAA